ACUUAAACCCUAAACUACACCUCUGCAAUUUCACUACUUUCUCCUUCUCUUCAAAAAAGAAAAAAAUGGCGGCCUCAGAUACAAUUGAGAACAUGUACGACGUCGCAUUGAAGCCUCGGCUACUUCGGUCCUUUCUCAAAGAGUACGUCCCUGACCUAAAGCAUCCGUUUCGGAACCCUUCAGUUCUCUCCUACGUCGUUUCUACCAUUAAGAUUCAGCGCUUACUCUCCGAAUUGGCUCCACCGGAAUCUGAUCAAAAGUUGAUUGAAAACUGGACGUCCGCUGUCGAUUCAUGGAUCAACCGAGUGCUCGCUCUUGCCUCCAGCGACACGCCAGAUAAAUGCUGGGCUGGUGUAUGUUUGCUCGGGGUGACGUGUCAAGAAUGCAGUAGGGAGCGUUUCUUAGCUUCUUAUGCUGCAUGGUUUAACACACUCUUACUCCACCUUCAGUCCCCUGCAGAUUCCCACUUUGUGAAGGUAGCUUCUUGUGCAUCCCUGUCAGAUUUAUUCACAAGGUUGAGAGGAUUGCCCAAUGCAAAGAAAGAUGGUAUAUCACUCGGUACAAAACUUAUUCAACCAUUAUUGAAGCUGCUAAAUGAGGAUACAUUUGAUGCUGUAUGGGAAGAAGCUAUUUUUCUGUUGUGCACCAUUUUAGAUAUCUUCCCAUCUUCCAUUCAACGGCAUUAUGAUGGUGUUGAGGAUACUGUUGUUUUGAGGCUCAUGUCAGGCAAGUGCAGUCCUAGUAUGUUGAAGAAGCUUGCUUGUUGCUUGGGUUUGCUACCAAUAUCAAGGGGGGACGAGGAUAGCUGGUUAUUGAUGAUGCAGAAGAUCAUGCUAUCAAUCAAUAUUCAGCUGAAUGCUGCCUUCCAGGGUCUAGAGCAAGAAACUAGAAGUACUGAGGCCAUGAGAUUGCUGCUUCCCCCUGGGAAAGACCCACCGCCUCCAUUAGGAGGCCAAUCUUUGUAUAGUCAAACUUCAGACAAAAUGAUGAGGCCUGAGCACUUGCAAAUCUCCAGAAUCUCUACCCUGAUCUUUUGUUGUUGUAAAUUGCUUACUACUUCUUACCCAUUUCAGGUGUCUAUGCCUGUACGUCCAUUAAUAGCUCUUGCUCAAAGAGUGCUGAUGGUUGAUGGUUCCUCAUCACCAGGCAUCUCCUACAUGACUACAAUGAAACAAGAAUUUAUUUGUUCAGAACUCCCAGUCUUACAUUCACGCAUAUUGGAUCUUCUUACAUCGAUUGUUAAGGGACUGGGCAGCCAGUUGCUCCCUCAUGUUGCCUCUAUAAUACGACUCCUAACCAACUACUUCGAGACGUCUGCUUUGCCAGAGCUAAGGAUAAAGGUGUACGCAAUUAUGAAAGUUCUGCUGAUGUCACUGGGGGUUGGGAUAUCUACACACCUAACCGAUGUGAUUGUUAACAAUGCAUUGAUGGAUUUGGAUGAGAGAGACAUAUCUCCCAUUGCACAACAGAAGUUACAUCCAGAGACAAUGAAAAAAACUUCCCACAAGAAGAGGAAGCAUGCUAGUACAAGUAAUUCGCUUGAGGAGCAGCCUGAUAGAGAUGUUUUUGAAAUGGAAAUGUCCCCAAACAUGGCUUCAUUAUCUGUUAAGAUAGCUGCACUAGAGGCAUUGGAAGCCCUUCUUUCCGUGGGUGGUUCUUGGAGACCCGAGAGUUGGCGAGCAAAUGUUGAUCACCUUCUUUUGGAUGUUACCAGAAAUGCUUGUAAAGGAGGGUGGGCCAAGGAUGACAGAGGCGAACUGGUUCCUGGCUCACCGACCACUACCUGGGGAGACUAUCAAAUUGCAGCUUUACGAGCACUUCUGGCUUCUCUCAUCUCUCCUGGCCGCACUCGUCCACAACACCUAUCUCAGGGGCUUGAACUUUUUCGCAGAGGGGCUCAAGAAAUAGGAACUAAAGUUUCUGAAUGUUGUGUACACGCUCUUUUGGCGUUGGAAGUGCUUAUACAUCCCCGGGCGCUUCCCUUGUUAGAUCCCCAGUCCACUGACAACAAUUAUAAGGUCAGAAAUAAGUGGUUUUCGGGGAAUUUACACAUCAGUGACCGUGCAGCAAAUAACACAUUCCACAUUGGCAUGUUCAGCAAGUCCCCUGACGAGCCAGACUCUUAUAAUGAUGACCUUUAUGAAAAUUGGCUGCGAAAUGGCGAAGAUUCGGAUACCGUGGCAGCUGAUCCUGGAAAAGAUACGGAUAAAAGUAAUCAACCCCCAGAAACAUUGAAAGAUACACUAUCAGGAAAGGUUCCAUCUUUGGAUACCACUGCUAUAAAAGUUUCUGAAAGUAGUAAAUUGGUGGAAGUAGCGCCUGUUACUGUUGCGAAGAAAGGCCCCAUGGAUAGGGAUGAGGUCAUGGUUGAAUCACAGCUAUCUGAAACUAUUGCUUCAAUUGGUGAUGGGAAAAACAGUCUUCAAUCCAGUGCCCUUGUUUCUGGUGGCAACACUUUAAAUCCCAUGGGUAGUGAAGUUCAAGCAGAGAAACUAGUCUUGGGCGCUAAGAGUGAUGUGGUAUCUCUAGGAUCGGAAAAGUUCAUGGACAAUGCAUCAAGAAAGGAAGCGGCGGAAGAUAGCGUUGAUGGAUUUGCUUCAAUGAUGAAUUUAGACAGAGGUAAAGGGUUGAUGCACGAAUCGGAUAACGAGUCCAUGGAGUCAAUUCCUGAUAUUGUUGAUGUUGAGCCUGAUUCUGAUUAAAUAGAGAACGGCCUACACAAUGGUGCAUGUUUACUGAUUAUGUCUGGUAUUGGGUGGAAAGAUGUAUUUGCAUUAGAAAAUCACCAGUCCCCUCGCUUUUUCUCUAAGAGGGAGAUUAGGGACGAGUUGAUGGCUUUUUCUCUAAGAGGGAGAUUACGGACGUGUUGAUGUAUCUAGAGGUUACCACCCUCUCAUGAUCGCAGUUUGGAGUUGGGAUGGGUUAUUUUUCCAGUUUAUAUAUGUUAUCCUUGCGUAGAGGCUGUAUCAUUUUAAUUUUUAUAUAGGAGUGAUUUAGCUCACUUGUGGUCGAACGUUAAAAUUGUAACUAGACCACAUUUUCGAGAUUUUUGAAUUAGGUGAAGCACAUUGGAUUGCUAGGUGCGCAAGAGUUACUCAUUUAAACUGUGUUUCUGUAAGCUGUACCAUCCUAAUAUUGAGGAUCAAGAUGAAUCCCAAUACAGUCCUUGACAAGGAUAUGCCAAUUUUGAAAGAGAGGAUAGUGUUUUUAAUGUGUUU